AGAGAUCAUCUCAACGAUCAAGUGCAAUCCGGAUAUCCCUUAACGGCAGCAAUUAUGAAGGCGUUCAUCAUUUUGUCUAUGGCUGUUGCCAUUGCUUCUUGUGCAGCAGUUGACGAAUCUUCGAAGAAGGAAAAACGUGGCCUCUGGGAUCUUGGACACGAACUUAAUGACUUUGACGAUGAUCACCACGAUCAUCACCUGGAUCACCACGAAGUCAAACAUUUGCAUACAACCAUCACCAAGAAGGUUCCCGUCCCAUACCCAGUGGAGGUCGAGAAACACGUUCCAGUCGAAGUGAAGGUCCCAUAUCCAGUUCACGUUGAGAAGAAGGUCCCAGUUGUGGUCGAGAAGAAAGUUCCAGUAUACGUGGAGAAGAAGGUUCCAGUCCACGUUGACCGCCCAGUUCCAUACCCAGUCGAGGUGAAGGUUCCAGUCAUCAAGAAGGAAUACGUCGAAGUGCCGAAACCGUACGCAGUUCAUGUUGAGAAACCCGUUCCAGUAUAUGUCCACAAGCCAGUGAUCGUUGAGAAGCCAGUUCCAGUGACAGUCCAUAUCAAGGAGCACAAGAAGCACUGGAGUCUGUUCUAG